AAAUUUAAAUUUAAUCUAUUCAUUAAAAAGUUGUCUUUUCAGAAAUAUAAUUUGUCACUUAAAUACUAAAUAAAUAAAAUAUAUUACUGAGUAUAAUAUAAAAUGUAAGAAAUAACGGUAUUCAAGUAAUUACUUUCAAAAUUAAGAUAAUUUUGCCGAAUAAAAACUAAAAAUUGUUAAAGUUUUAAACCUCGCGCACGCCAAGGCGGACUUCCGUCCACAGUGAUUGAUUUUCAUAUAAUUAUGCACCCAAGUGAAUAUUUUUUCAAUUGAGUCUCUGGCUGCUUCCUCUAUUUAUAGAAUUCUCGAUUUAAAUAAGAAGCCAUCAAACUUAAAUGUAUUUAAAACUAUACAUUUUCAAUCUAAACAUAGAGUAGAGUAUCGGUAUUUUGGCAUUUCGCGGGUACUACCAAUUUGUGUAUUAUAUUUUUGUUUUUUCCGCCAUUUCAUUUUUCAUUUGUUUUGUUAUGCGCAGUUUUCCUUUCUUCUUCCGUGCUAUAAAAACCGAAAGUAAAAAGUAUUUUCAAUAUUUCAAUCCGCAGGAGAGUCGCGAUCAGUUGGUUGUGGAGUACCGAAAAAUAUUGCAUCGUAGUUCGAACUUAACUGGAAAGGCCAAUACGCCAGCAAUAGUUAUCGAUAUUUUUUUGAGUGAAUCUAUCAGUGAGCUCCGUGGGCGAUUUGAAUCUGGAAGAGCUGGAAGUGCGCGGAAAGUAAAACCAAGAACUGAGACCAGAAAUGCGCCCUUUUGGCAAUGAUAUCACUAAUAUCCCGUCUAACACAAGCGGUGACGGGGGCGGCGGCGAUCCCAAUGACAAUAAUGGUAACAGGAACAACACCAGUCCCGGGGGGCCAGACGGUGACAGGUCUGGCGGAGAAGAGGGAAACAUAGACGAUCGGCCAAUUCCGGCGCACAUAGCCCGGAUCGGUGGCACAUACACCUUUCCGCCCAUAGCGGGUCAAGGAGUCAUCCGUGUGGUGCAGAGAUGCGAGGACGCGAAGGAGAACAACAAUUUGGAUUUGUCCAAAUGCGAGCUAAUGCAAAUACCAGAUGCAGUGUACCACCUGAUGAGAAAUACACAACUGCAAACCUGCGACCUGAGUGGCAAUGUUCUCAAGAGUGUCCUGCCCAAGUUCUCAAUAAAGUUUAGCGCCAUCACAGAUCUCAACCUCUCAGACAAUAAGCUGUCGAGAUUACCAGACGAGUUUGCCAGCCUGACCGCACUAGCCAGGCUAAACAUAUCCCACAACUCGUUUAUUGUUUUGCCGCAGGUGGUUUGGAAGCUGCCGAGCCUUACUAAUCUGGAUGCCAAGGAUAAUGCCAUCCUGGAGAUCGACACCGACGAAGUCAUAGCCAGUGACAGUUUGGCUUCCGUAGACUUGCGCAACAAUCCGCUGAGCAGAAACUGCCGACGCAAGCUACAGGGUUUCCAGACUCCCUUCCUGCUUCAGAUCUCCAAUGAUGUUGACGACGAUUGGUAGCAGAGACGGGUACAUCUUCCAGAAACCCACGAACACAUCUUUCGUUAUCUCUACAGAGGGAACUCUCAUUACCGAGGCAAUCUCGGUGUCCCAUUUUGUUUAAAAAGGCUUAGCUCGGUAAGCCUGGAAGAAGUCCUUAGUGGUUUUAAAUAGUUUCGAAUAUUUAAGAAAUGGACGAGGAACAAACAUGCAUAUAAAACAAAUUGCCAGGCGAUGUAUCCUAUAUGUCAAAUGUAAAAUUACCUGAAAGAAUGAAUUUUAUAUAUUUUUUGUAUA